UGUGCGCGGGAGGAAGAAAGGGGCGGGGCGUGGAUGAGGUAGUGGCGGCGAGGCCUGGCUGGGCCUUCGAGUGAGGGUCCAGGAGGAUGAGGCAGCCGCGCCGGUGGAGGGAGACCCUGCGCCUCCUCGCCCUCUGCGCCUUCCUCCUGCGGGCGGCGGCGGAGCCCUGUGGCGCCGCCGCCGCCGCCUCCUCUGUGGCCCCUUGCUCCUGCCGGCGGGGUGUCUUGGACUGCAGCCGCCUCCGUGCCAGUGGCCGGAGCGUGGAGGGAGGCCCGCUGCUCCUGCCGCCCGGCACCACUGCGCUUGACUUAAGUCAUAACCAUUUGUUAUCCUCUAACUGGAGCAUUGUUUCAUCAGGUCAAAUGUUACAAGAAGUGAAGAUGAACUACAAUGAGCUAACUGACAUUCCCUACUUUGGAGAACUGACUUCUAAUAUGACACUACUUUCAUUAGUUCAUAAUACAAUCCCAGAGAUUAUUCCUGAACAGCUUCAGUUUUAUGUUUCAUUGGAGAACCUUGAUCUCAGCUCUAACCUUAUAUCUGAAAUCAAAAUGUCUUCAUUCCCACGGAUGCAAUUGAAGUACUUGAACCUGAGCAACAACAGAAUAACUACUCUGGAAGCAGGCUGUUUUGAUAAUUUAUCAAAUUCUCUAAUAGUUGUGAAACUAAAUAGAAACAGAAUAAGCAUGAUUCCGCCAAAGACCUUCCGACUGCCUCAUGUACAGUAUUUGGAACUUAAAAGAAACCGAAUUAAAGUAAUAGACAGCCUUACCUUCCAAGGUCUGGAUUCCUUGAAGUCAUUAAAAAUGCAACGCAAUGGGAUUAGCAGACUAAUGGAUGGCGCCUUCUUUGGACUGGAUAAUAUGGAAGAACUAGAACUGGAACAUAAUAAUCUAACAGAAGUAAACAAGGGCUGGCUGUAUGGUUUGAGGACUUUACAACAGCUCUAUGUCAGUCAGAAUGCCAUUAACAGGAUUGGACCUGAUGCAUGGGAGUUCUGUCAAAGGCUUUCUGAACUCGAUCUAUCGUACAAUCAACUGACUCGCCUAGAUGAGUUUGCUUUUGUUGGACUCAGUUUAUUGGAGAGAUUAAAUCUAAGUGAUAACAGAAUCAGUCAUGUUGCAGAUGGUGUCUUUAAGGGACUUUCAAAUCUACAAACUUUAGACCUGCGAAAUAAUGAGAUCUCCUGGGCUAUAGAAGACUCAAAUGAAGCAUUUGUAGGACUUGAGAGACUCAAUAAAUUGAUUCUACAAGGAAACCAGAUUAAGUCAAUCACAAAGAGAGCAUUUUUUGGACUUCAAGCCCUUGAAUAUUUAGAUCUGAACAACAAUGCAAUAAUGUCCAUUCAAGAAAAUGCUUUUUCCCAACCUCUUAAAGAGCUGUUGUUGAACACUAGCAGCUUACUAUGUGACUGUCAGUUGAAAUGGCUGCUCCAAUGGCUUACCCACAAUCAUUUGCAGGAUACUGUCAGUGUCAUUUGUGCUCAUCCUGAGAGGUUGUCUGGACAGAGCAUCCUCAAUGUGAAUCCUGAAAACUUUGUCUGUGACGAUUUCCCCAAACCUCAGAUCAGAGCACACCCUGAGACUACCAUUGCACUGAGAGGCACCAAUGUCAGCUUGACUUGCAUGGCUGUGAGCAGCAGUGAUUUACCCAUGUCCACUACCUGGCGAAAAGACAGUGAAAUAUUGUAUGAUGCAGAUAUAGAGAAUUUUGUUAGGUACCAAAAAGAAGAUGGUGAAGUGCUGGAAUACACAACUGUCCUGCAUGUGUUCAAUGUAAAUUUCACAGAUGAAGGAAAAUACCAGUGUAUAAUCUCUAAUCACUUUGGGUCCAAUUAUUCCAACAAGGCCAAGUUGACUGUCAAUGAGCUGCCUUCUUUUAUAAAAACUCCUAUGGAUCUCACUAUCCGAACUAGAGCCAUGGCUAAACUGGAGUGUGCUGCAGAAGGCCAUCCCCCACCUCAGAUUUCCUGGCAGAAAGAUGGAGGCACAGACUUCCCUGCAGCUCGUGAAAGGCGAAUGCAUGUAAUGCCAGAAGAUGAUGUCUUUUUCAUAGCAAACGUGAAAAUAGAAGAUAUGGGGAUCUAUAGCUGCAUGGCACAAAAUGUAGCAGGAGGAAUAUCAGCAAAUGCCACAUUGACUGUGUUAGAAACACCUUCAUUUGUCAGGCCCUUAGAAGACAGGACUGUGGCCCAAGGUGAAACAGCAGUGUUGCAGUGCAUUGCUAGUGGCAGCCCUUCCCCUCGCUUAAACUGGACCAAAGAUGAUGGGCCUCUGACAGUUACAGAACGACAUUUCUUUGCUGCUGCCAAUCAGCUUCUCAUCAUUGUAGAUGCUGGAUUAGAGGAUGCUGGGAAAUACACUUGUGUUAUGUCUAAUACACUUGGUACAGUACGUGGCCAUAUCUACCUAUAUGUCAUCUCCUCCCCAAACUGUGACUCUUCCCAAAGUGGCAUUGGGAUUGAAGAGGAUGGCUGGACAACUGUUGGCAUUGUGAUAAUAGUUGUGGUCUGCUGUGUUGUUGGCACUUCUUUGGUCUGGGUCAUUGUUAUCUAUCAUAUGAGAAGGAAGAGUGAAGACUACAGCAUCACUAACACAGAGGAAGUAAACUUGCCUGCGGAUAUUCCCAGUUAUUUAUCUUCCCAGGGGACUUUGUCUGAGCCACAGGAAGGCUACAGUAAUUCAGAGGCAGGAAGUAAUCAACAGCUUAUGCCUCCUUCUGGUGGUUAUGUGCAUAAAAGCACAGAUGGUGGCACAGCACCAUUGGUGAUCUGCUCCGAUUGCUAUGAUAAUGCCAACAUCUAUUCCAGAAACAGAGAGUAUUGUCCUUAUGCAUAUGUCACUGAAGAUGACCCACUUGAUCAAACACUGUCCAACCUAAUGAUGCAGAUGUCCAAAGAGCCCUAUCCAGUAUGUCCCCAGCAUGAAGCCACCACUCUGGAUGGUCUCUCAGGUGACAGAGACAUGUCUGUCUUCCUUAACAAUCAAGAUAGAUUACAUGAGAGGAAACCCUGCUCUCAACCAUGCAACAGUGAUCCUUUUCGGCUAUCUUUAUGGGGCGUCAAUAAAGAUCUAGGAUUGUUGCAUCCUUGUUUCUCACCUCCAUCAAAGAACCAUGAGGUGCCUCAUGUUCUGCGAAGUGAAAACAUCAUGGAAGUUGGGCAGGAACAAGUUACUUCUCCCAGACCCCAUCAUAGGUUACAUGAACAUAACUUUGAUUUUAACAGGACUCAGAACUUACAGGAACAUCAUGAAGCUACAUAAAAGUAAUCCAAGUAACCUUAUCAGUGAGCUUAGAGCAGUCAACAAUGUCUUUUUUUUUUACUACCUCAGGUUUUGCCCUAUGGCCAAAGGUGCUCCAUGUUUGCAACAGAGGCUUUGUUGACCACAUUAGUGACUACCUGCUACAGACUAAACAUGGACUAGUAAUAAAUGAUUACCUUUCUUCUGUUUGAGUCCUGCUAAGUGGCAUAUGUUAAGACUCUGUGGUCCUAACAAACCUAAUUACUAAAGAGAAAGAAACAUACUACGCCUAAUGAUGAAAAUGAUCAUGGAAGGUAUGUUGCCUUAGAAGUUGUCUCAUGAAAUAUUUCUUUCCUGCUGAAGAAGCCAACUUUAAAGAGACUGUUUACAAGUUCUCUUGGUAAUCUUAAGCGUGAAGCUCAUGUUUAACAUGGCCCUUCUGACAGCUAGCAGGAAAAGACAUCAGCAUCUUCAGUCACAAACAUUAUUACCCUUUCUCUGGCUAAAAUAGUCAAUUGUAAAUACAUUUGCAUAGUAUAAAUAUUUUGUAUACACUGCAAAACAUAAAUGCCAGACUGAAAUGUAAAUUUUGUAUUAUGCCAAAAAUUACGUACUGUUGUAUCUUUUUGACAUCUGCUGACCAAUCCGUAAAAACUAGAAAUAACUGUUGCGGGAUUAAAGUCUUAAAGGCUGA